AGCAAGCACGAGGAAGUUUCAGAGAAGUUGCGCCCUCUGUUCCUUUUUAUCUCCCUCGCGGCAUCCUUCACUGUUCUGCUUUUUCUCUUCUUUUCCUUCAAACGAGAGAGAAAAGAGAGAGAGAAUCUGAGAGGAGAGAAGAGAAAGAGAGAGGAAACAAAGAGAAACAGAGAGAUGGGCUGUGUCCCCUCGACGUCCAUGACAGGAGAUGGGAACACAAGACGACUUACAAGUGUUGAUCAUGAACGUGGAGACAUCAACCACGGUAGCGGCGGCAGAAGAAAUGCACUUGUUGACUCGUCUACGACAGGAGGCACCAGCAGCCACGGCUCUAUCGCUAUGGCCACGGCAGCGACGAAUGGGGCAGGCGGUCGUGCCGCGGCGCAUCUUGACAGGCGGAGGGUCAGCCAGAAGUACGGGUUUAUCCCCGAUAAUUAUUCCUCCCUCGAACAGGUCACAGCAGCAAUAAGGGAAGCAGGAGUGGAAUCUUCAAACCUUAUAGUGGGAAUCGAUUUCACCAAGAGCAAUGAGUGGACAGGGAAAAAUUCCUUCGGUAACAAAAGCCUGCAUGCAACUGAUGCGGGGACGCCCAAUCCGUACGAGCAAGCGAUCGCUAUAAUAGGGAAGACUUUGGCCCCUUUCGAUGAAGACAACCUCAUUCCAUGUUUUGGUUUUGGAGAUGCAACGACCCACGAUGAAGCAGUAUUUAGCUUUCACAGUGAUCACAGACCUUGCCAUGGUUUCGAGGAAGUGCUGCAAUGCUAUCGCCAAAUAUUACGCAACUUGAAAUUAGCUGGUCCAACAUCUUUUGCACCGGUAAUUGAAGCAUCCAUAGACAUUGUUGAAAAAAGUGGUGGGCAGUAUCAUGUUCUAGUCAUACUUGCAGAUGGGCAGGUCACAAAAAGUGUUGACACGAUGCCUAGCUCACUUAGCCCACAGGAGGAGAAGACAAUCAAUGCAAUAGCGCUUGCAAGCUCUUAUCCUCUAUCAAUAGUUCUGGUUGGAGUUGGAGAUGGACCUUGGGAAGAUAUGAAGGAAUUCGAUGAUAAAAUUCCAGCUCGUGUAUUUGACAACUUUCAGUUUGUUAAUUUCACAAACAUCAUGUCAAAGAAUGGAAGUUCUAUUGAAAAAGAAGCAGCCUUUGCACUUGCAGCACUCAUGGAGAUUCCCAUUCAGUACAAAGCUAUUAUGGAGCUUGGCCUUCUCGGCCAUGUGACUGGGAAAUCGAAGAGAGUGAUAGCACGUCCACCUCCUGGUGGUCGACCUCGUUUUGAGUCGAUGCAGGAGACUACCCGCCAGACCGACUCACAAUCAACAACUAAUGAAAGAGCGAAUCAGGCAUGCCCCAUAUGCUUGACUAAUUCUAUGGACAUGGCCUUCGGAUGUGGGCACAUGACAUGUAGAGAAUGUGGAGAAAAUUUGAGAACAUGCCCAAUAUGUCGUGCUGUCAUUCAAACACGCUUGAGAUUGUACAGUGGAUGAGGUAAGGGCACUUAAUUUCCUAUGCAUUUGAAGCCCAAAGUUCAAAACAGGAGCACUUAAAUCAUACAAAAAUAUGUGCACUUGCACUUGGAAGACUUAAAUUUUAAGGCUUUAAGUUUGUCCUCAAAAGCCAUCUCCUCAUGGUAUACCUAGAAGGUGGUGGCUCUUGGAUUGCUUUAUUUGAUAAUAGAUAAGGUUAUUUAGUGUCAUCCUAUAUACAAUGGUUUGAAAUAUCUGAAAGUUAUCAUGUUAUACCACCUACAAUAAGUAUGUAAGAGUUGUUUUUUUGCAUUUGGAUCAUAAAGAGCACAUUAGUAUGGUCAAUUUUUUCAACAAAAAAAAAAAAUUGUGAGGUAGAGUUACACAAAAGAUUAUGCUAUCUCAUUGCAUCUAGUUUUAAUUUUGAAAAGUGAGCUGACAUCAACCAAUUUAUGUCAAGAUAGAUUGAUGUAGGUGUUGAACUCUUAUCCUUUUUCAAGUCUCGAGUCUUACCCUUACCCAAGUGGGCGGGAAGCUUCUUGACAUGAAACAUCCUCUCCGUCUAGCAUCUUGUACAGCAGGGAAAGAGAAAGAAAGUUGUGUAUGCACAGUCACAGUGAAAGAAGAAAAGACAUUUUGAUAAUUUGUUACAAAGAAAUGUGUCUCUUUUGUUUUCAGUGUGAAUUAAGUGUAUUUUUGUUGUUAACGUGCAUGAAAGUUUUUAGAUCGCAUAAAAUAAAAGAAAAGGAUGGAGAAUCGAAGGGAAGCGGAAGCAAUCGGUUUCGAGAUAAGGUGCGAAUGCCAUUUAUUUAAGGGGACAAGGUUGUGAAACACGCCUCAAUGUUCUAAGAUAUAACAAUGAUGUCAUUACUUGGAGGUACGCAAGCGGUUUGCGUCAGCUAACAGAUCAUACUUGAGCUGUAUGAAAUCUCAAUCUUAUGAUGUACAUGGGCUUUGCAAAGUACAAAAUGGUUCAUUGUAAUUAGGUUUAUGGUUCUCUAUUCCCAAUAGCAAAGCAAGCACGAGGAAGUUUCAGAGAA